AUGACCACUGCCAGGGCCCUCGGCAUGAUCUCCGACACGGACCUCGCAGAGUUCGCGCUUCUAGUGAGCAGCAGCAGCAGCAGCAGCAGCAGCAGCAGCAGCAGCAGCCGCAGCAGCAGCAACAGCAACAGCAGUUGCAGUUGCAGCAGCAGCAGUGUUGUUGUUAAUGUUCUUGUCGGAGUUGGGGGGAGAGGGAUGGUGGGCCGUGCGGAGCGCAGCUACCUGCCGCCGGGGCAGCAGCAGCAGCAGCAGCAGCAGCAGCAGCAGCACCCGCGUGCUGCUGCUGCUCUUCUUUACGACGCUCGUGCUGCUGCUGCUCUCUUUCCAAUUCCUGCUGCUGCGCUGCUGGCCUUCGAGCGGCUGCGGCAGCAGUCUCUCUUAAGUGCUGCUGGCCGCGCAGCCUUUGCUGCCAGAUGUUCUCAAGACCUUCUCCAGAAACAGGAAAUGGAACUUGCUGCAGGGACUGUCUCCUUUUUGGCCAAAAGUCUGGGAGCUGACAGCUGCAGCAGCAAACCAGGGGCCCCCUUGGGGCCCCUGGGGGCCCCUCCGGGGUUCGGGGCCCCCGCGGCGCCCCUGGGGCCCCCCGCGGGCCACCUGGGGGCCCCCAGAGGCUUCUUGGGGGCCCCCGAGGGCCUCCUGGGGGCCCCCUGGGGGCCCCUGGCGCUGUACCUGCGGGAAGUCUGUGGGGCCCACCCGGCGCAGUGCGCCCAGGCCUUAGAAAUAGUGCGGGACUUGGGGGCCCUUGCGGGGGCCCACAAGGGGGGCCCCCUAGCUGAGGGGGCCCCCCUGGCUGAGGGGGGCCCCCCUCUGUUUCUCAAGUCUGUGGGGCUGCCGCUGAUCAAAAACCCUAAUAAACUCAGUGAGAAUCCAGCCCCUGCUGCUGCUGCUGCUGCUGCUGGUUAUGAUGGUGCUGCUGCUGCUGCUGCUGGUUAUGAUGGUGCUGCUGCUGCUGCUGCUGCUGCUGCUGCUGCUGGUUAUGAUGGUGCUGCUGCUGCUGGUUAUGAUGGUGCUGCUGCUGCUGGUUGUGGUGGUGCUGCUGCUGCUGGUUAUGAUGUCGAAGUGGCACUUUCCUACCAAAAACUUGCUGCUGCUCUAGUGCAGCAGCCAACAAGAAGCAGCAGCAAAUGGCCAGAGUUUUGCUGCUGGGCGGAGACAGAAAAGGAGUUGCUGCUGCUGCAGCAGUGCUUCUGGCCGCUGCUUGCGCAGGUGCUGCCGCCCCCAGAGCCCGCAGCAGCAGCAGCAGCAGCAGCAGCAGCAGCAGCGCCAGCAGCAGCAGCAGCAGCAGCACCUGCAGCAGCAGCAGAACUCACCUUCCUGCAGCUGCCCCUCAAAGGAGGCCCCCGCAGAAUACAAAGACACAUUCCCGUCUACAGCAGCAGCUAA